UAGUGGCCCCUCCAUCACCACACCCUGCACUCAAGUUAUGAUGCAGUUCAUGGGUAGCGUACAUUUGCCCUACAUUACCACUGGGAGUCCACCACAGGUUUCUCCUCAGCCCAGAGAUUAUUGGGAAUUAAACAGCUGUGAACGACUCCUUCCUGCUGAAUGGGAUGGCAGAGUGGAGACAAGUCAACUUCCUCAGAGGCGACUUGGUGUCAAGGAACAGCAAAAUGAAGAGCUGACUGACUCCGAGCUGUCCGUGGCUGAGAGGAAACAGAAGGACGGUGAGGAGUGUGAGACAGUAUGGAAGAAACCUCAGUUCACCCUCCACUACUUCACUCUGGAGCUGCUCAUCUCCUUUAAAGAGUGGCUCGGGAGCUUUCACUCUCAUACCUUCUCUGUCUCUGUCCUCCCCCUUACUUGUUUUCCUCACACUCUGUGCAUGUGUCUCUGCCAUGUGGUUGACCGUCCCUCUUUCUGGCCUCUACAGUAUGUGCUCUACAUUGAGAAGAAGACGCUGUGGUGUGUCUACUGGGUCAGCCUGGGCAUCCUCUCCUCGGUGGGUCUUGGUACCGGCCUGCACACCUUCCUUCUUUACCUGGGACCACACAUAGCAUCAGUUACCUUGGCCGCCUACGAAUGUGGCUCUGUGGAUUUCCCCAAACCGCCUUAUCCAGACCAAAUAGUCUGUCCCCAGCAGAACGCAUCAGCACCAGACUCUGAUGCUGAGCAGGUGGGCGUGGAGGCUGCGGCAGCGGUGAGUUCAGCUGCCAUCCAGUGAAGCAUCUCUCUCUGGACCAUCAUCUCCAAAGUCCGCCUGGAAGCUUGUAUGUGGGGUGCAGGUACAGCUAUAGGAGAGCUCCCUCCCUACUUCAUGGCACGGGCGGCGAGGCUGUCCAGGGCUUACCCCAACGACAAGGAGUACCAGAGGUUUGAGGAGAUUCUGGACCAGACCCAGUCAGCACAGGACUUAGCCGCCCGAGCAAAGGUAGCCGUGCAGAAACUCAUCCAGAGGGUCGGAUUCUUGGGGAUUUUGGCCUGUGCUUCAAUUCCCAAUCCCUUGUUUGACCUGGCAGGAAUAACAUGUGGACAUUUCUUCGUCCCCUUCUGGACUUUUUUUGGUGCAACACUCAUUGGGAAAGCAGUCAUUAAAAUGCACAUUCAGAAACUGUUUGUGAUCGUCACCUUCAGCAGGCACAUAGUGGAGCAGAUGGUCUCCCUCAUCGGAAAGAAGUUCAACACAGGAGUGCCCUCCCUUUGUGGGCCUUCCCCCCAGAUCUCAGCCAGUGAUGACACAGUUUGGGAGGGAGGCCGGUGGGGGCUGCCGCUUGUUUUAUUACCCCUGAUCUCUAUCUGUCCUGCACAUGGAGCUGGAUCCCCACCUAGCCUGCAGCAUCAGGAGCAGAGGGGACAGCGGGGGGGGUUAGGGGUGGCCCUCUACUUACUGACCGAGCUCCUCUCCUCUCUCUCUGUUCUUUCUGUGGUUCCCUGCAGGCUCUUUGAGAAGGUUGUGGUCAUCAUGGUAUGCUUCUUUGUCUGCUCCAUUGUCAACUCCAUGGCCCCGAGCUACGGCAAGCGCAAGCAGCAGGAGAAGUACUCGGAGGGCAAAACGGAGUGAAGGCCAGAGAGCAUCAACGUCAGAAGCUCCCACUGAUCCUUUCCUCAUUCAGCUUGUCCUUCUGGCUGUAGGCCCCACCAUUCUCUAAAGCAAAGUAUCAGGCUCCAUCUGGUUUCUGUCGUUAUUGUAGCAACAUGUUUUUGUUCUCUGGAAGGUAGGUGCUUGUUGGAGUGCGUGUGAGUAAGCUAUGGUGUUGUUUGAGCCCUCGUGUCGUUGCUUUUAGGAGAGGAAGCUGCUGGCAAUACUUCUCCUCAGUGAGGCCUUAAGCUGCUGUUUGUUCAACUAGAAGAACCUCAAAGGAACACGUCUGUAGACUCACUGAAUUCAAUUGAUUUAAAUAAACUACUAAACUUACCUUCGAUUAUGUGCAGAGCGUUCUGUAAAACCAGCGCAGUUAUUUGUUCAAUAACCUAAUUAUCAUCUAUAUUGGCUGGUUGAUUAAUAAGACAUUGUGUUCUGUAGUUGUUGUGCGGUAUCUGAUGUAGUUAGAUAAGACUGUAAAUGAUUGUGUCAUUUCUACAUUGUGUAGAGCUCGGAGUUGGUUGUUGUAAAGAUGUUGAUGAACGUUUUAAGCUGUUGGUGCGUUAGAUGACCACUUCUUUUGUGUGUGCAGUAAAGCUGUAUAUGGUAUAUUUGGAUGAGAGAUGAGAAAUCGGCCAUGAAUCACCCUA